AUGGAGCGCGGCGGCUGCUCGGGGGGCGGGAGCAGCGGCGGCGAGGGCGGCCGCGGUUCCCGGGAGGGCCCGGCGGGGAACGGCCACGACCCGAGCCACGGCCGCGCGGCCCAGGCACCCGGGGAAGGGCAGGCGGCCGCGUCCUUACUGGCCCCCAUGGACCUGGGGGAGGAGCCGCUGGAGAAGGCGGCGCACGCCCGCACGGCCAAGGACCCCAACACCUACAAGGUGCUCUCGCUGGUAUUGUCAGUCUGUGUGUUAACAACAAUCCUUGGUUGUAUAUUUGGGCUGAAACCAAGCUGUGCCAAAGAAGUUAAAAGUUGCAAAGGUCGCUGCUUCGAGAGAACAUUUGGAAACUGCCGCUGUGAUGUUGCUUGUGUUGACCUUGGAAACUGCUGUCUGGAUUACCAGGAGACGUGUAUAGAACCAGAACACAUAUGGACUUGCAGCAAGUUCAGGUGUGGUGAGAAAAGAUUGCUCAGAAGCCUUUGCUCCUGUUCGGAUGACUGCAGGGACAAGGGUGACUGCUGUGUCAACUAUAGCUCUGUGUGCCGAGGCGAGAAGAGUUGGGUAGAAGAAACAUGUGAGAACAUUAAUGAGCCAAAGUGUCCAGCAGGGUUUGAAGCACCUCCUACCCUCUUAUUUUCUUUGGAUGGCUUUAGGGCAGAAUAUUUACACACUUGGGGUGGCCUUCUUCCUGUUAUUAGCAGACUAAAAAACUGUGGAACAUAUACCAGAAACAUGAGACCAGUAUAUCCAACAAAAACUUUUCCCAAUCACUACAGCAUUGUCACUGGACUUUAUCCAGAAUCCCAUGGCAUAAUUGACAAUAAAAUAUAUGAUCCCAAGAUGAAUGCUUACUUUGCACUUAAAAGUAAAGAGAAAUUUAAUCCUGAGUGGUACAAAGGAGAACCAAUUUGGAUCACUGCUAAAUAUCAAGGCCUGAAAAGUGGUACAUUUUUCUGGCCAGGAUCAGACGUGGAAAUUAAUGGAAUUUUCCCAGACACCUAUAAAAUAUAUAAUAGUUCAGUACCAUUUGAAGAAAGGAUUUUAGCUGUUCUUAAGUGGUUGCAGCUUCCUAAAGAUGAAAGACCACACUUUUACACUCUGUAUUUAGAAGAACCAGAUUCUUCAGGUCAUUCAUAUGGACCAGUCAGCAGUGAGGUCAUCAGAGCUUUGCAGAGGGUUGACAACAUGGUUGGCAUGCUGAUGGACGGUCUAAAGGAGCUGAACUUGCAUCAGUGCCUGAACCUCAUCCUUCUUUCAGAUCAUGGCAUGGAACAAGGCAGUUGCAAGAAAUAUGUGUAUCUGAAUAAAUAUUUGGGAGACGUUAAAAAUAUUAAAAUUGUAUAUGGACCUGCCGCUCGCUUGAGACCCUCUGAUGUCCCGGAUAAGUACUUUUCAUUUGAUUAUGAAGACCUUGCCAGAAAUCUUUCCUGCCGGGAGCCAAACCAGCACUUCAAACCUUACCUCAAGCAUUUCUUACCGAAGCGUUUGCACUUUGCCAAAAACGACAGGAUUGAGCCCUUGACAUUCUAUUUGGAUCCUCAGUGGCAACUUGCAUUGAAUCCUGCAGAAAGGAAGCAUUGUGGAAUUGGAUUCCAUGGUUCUGACAAUAUAUUUUCAAAUAUGCAAGCUCUCUUUAUCGGCUAUGGACCUGGCUUCAAGCACAGCAUCGAAGUUGACUCUUUUGAAAGUAUUGAAGUCUAUAAUUUAAUGUGUGAUUUACUGAAUUUGUCACCUGCUCCUAAUAAUGGAACUCACGGAAGUCUUAACCACCUUCUAAAGAAUCCUGUUUACACCCCAACGCAUCCCAAAGAAGCCCACCCCCUGGCACAGUGCCCCUUCACGAGAACGCCCAGACAUAACCUUGACUGUUCAUGUGAUCCCUCUGUUUUGCCAGUUGUGGAUUUUGAGAUACAGUUGAAUUUGACUGUGGCAGAAGAGAAGGUUGUUAAGCGUGGCACUGUACCCUAUGGAAGACCCAGAGUUCUCCAGAGGGACAGCACAGUUUGCCUUCUUUACCAGCACCGGUUUUUGAGUGCUUACAGCCAUGACAUCCUGAUGCCCCUUUGGACAUCCUACACUGUCGACAGAAAUGACAGUUUCUCUACAGAAGACUUUUCCAACUGUCUCCACCAGGAUCUUCGAAUUUCCCUCAAUCCUGUCCAUAAGUGUUCGUUUUAUAAAAAUAAUGCUGAACUGAGUUACGGGUUCCUCUACCCACCACAACUAAAUAAAGGUUCAAGUCAACUAUAUUCUGAAGCAUUGCUUAAUACUAACAUAGUGCCAAUGUACCAGAGUUUUCAAGUUAUAUGGCACUAUUUUCAUGGCACCCUACUGCACAGGUAUGCAGAAGAAAGAAAUGGUGUCAAUGUUGUCAGUGGCCCUGUGUUUGACUCUGAUUAUGAUGGAUGCUAUGAUUCCUCAGAGACCCUGAAGCAAAACAGCAGACGCAUCCGUAAUCGAGAAAUUCUGAUCCCGACUCACUUCUUCAUUGUGCUCACAAGUUGUAAAAACACAUCCCAGACUCCCUCACAGUGUGGAGAUUUAGACACCUUAGCUUUCAUUUUGCCUCACAGGACUGACAACAGUGAGAGCUGUGUGCAUGGGAAGCAGGACUCCUCGUGGGUUGAAGAGUUACUGAAGUUACACAGAGCUCGGAUCGCAGAUGUCGAACACAUCACUGGACUCAGCUUCUAUCAAGAGAGAAAAGAGCCAAUCUCAGACAUUUUAAAGUUGAAAACACAGUUGCCAACUUUUAACGAAGAAGACUGAUAUUUUUUAUUCCAAAAAACACAUCAUAAAUGUUUUUGAAAGAACCUUCUAUUUUAUACAGCCCUCUGUUCACGCUGUCGCGUUGUUUGGAAACUGUCGACCAGAGUUAGAGCUGAGAAUCCUCUGUGAUACGACCGUCUCAGGGAACCCUGUGGCCUCGGCCUGGCAGUAGGAAAAUGUUCUUCUUGAGUCUCGCACAUGUUUGAAUGUGUCAGAAUCGUUCCGAUUUGGGAAAUAAAGACAGACCAUACCUAAAACUGCUCUUCUAUAUUCUCUUAAGGGCAGAAGUAGCUGUGAACGUUGUCUGGACACCAGACAUUUGAAUCUUCCUUUCGUUAAUAAACUUCUGUGGAACUGGCAAAUGGGGCGCUAAUGGAUAGGAUUGGAAUAAUCCGUGUUACAGCAUUAGUAUUUUCGUAAGAAUUUAAAAGUGAUUCCGGAUUCUUUUUAACUUGGAGUUUUAUUCAUCUGAGUUUUAACCAAAAAAUCCAGUGGAAGUAAAAAUAUCUCUGAGGCCCUCUUUCUGUCUUUUCUGUAUACCCUUUCAAAAGCCAAACUAUGCAGUCCUGUGGGUUUUUGUUUUUAAUUGUGAUUUAGCAAUUUCAGAUUUAAUGUCUUUAGCAAGUUAAACUUUGAGGCAACAUCUGUGAAUUAUCUAGCAUAUCUACCUGCUAUAAAAUUUUACCCUACAUUUGCAUU